CUCAAACGCGUUCGACCGGAUUCUGUGAAUCGGUUGGAUGAAGAAGAUGAAACCGACGACAUCGAAGUUGUUUUACCAGGUCCGAUGAAUCCGCCUCAGCCUCAUAAGUGGAAUGAUCAUCCUCCGGAAAAAAGGGCCAAAGAGGAGGACAACGAUGUGGUGCUAAUAGACGAUGAUUGCGGAAUCGCAUCAAGCUUCUCCCCGAUGUUUCAACCAGAUCCCGAGGAAAAAAAGGUUGAUUUGGUAGACAGAAGUGAUCUGGACGUUGAUGAGAAGGACAGCCAAUUCGCAGAGCAAGGUGUCUUAGUUGAAACAUUGCUUGGCUGCUCAUCUAAUGGACGACCAACAGAAGAGGAACCUGAAGCUGAAUUGUCACUUUACGAUAGCAGGAUAACACCUGUUCCACAGCUUUAUCGUUAUCAAAAUGGAAAGGUGGCAAGGAUUGGGUAG